AUGUCCUGGUUCCAGAAACAAUUCGCGCUCCCCUCGCGCUCUCGCGGCAGCUAUCUCAUCACAGACACUGUGCUCAACGAACUGCCCGAAAUCAAAAACUACAAAGUUGGCCUCCUCACGCUAUUCAUCCAACACACCUCGUGCGCGCUCUCGCUCAAUGAGAACUGGGACGAGGAUGUGCGCGCCGAUAUGAGCGAUGCGCUGGAUCGGAUUGCGCCGUAUGAUAAGAAGGGGAACCUGUAUAGGCAUAGUGCGGAGGGGGAAGAUGACAUGCCGGCACAUAUCAAAUCAGCGCUCGUGGGAGCAAGUGUGACAAUUCCGAUUUCGAAUGGGCGUCUGGCAACGGGCACGUGGCAGGGGAUUUGGUACUUGGAGUUUCGAGCAAGCAGGCAUUCGAGAAAGGUGGUUGCGACCAUCCAGGGAGAGAAGAAUUGA